CUGUUAUAUCUUGUCGUCAUAGAAACAACUAAACGAACAACAACGAAUAAUCAAAAUGAAUUUUGGAAGAAAUAAUUAUUAUUUUAAACCCUUUCCUGUCUACUUGGUUGCAUUUUGUAGUAAAUAUUUGUUUCUUAAUACGUUUUUUGCUCUUUUCACAUAAAACUAUUGCAUAAUCUGCUCCGAAAUGCUGUAUAAUUAUUUGUAAUAUUAAUUAAGGAAAUGGAAACCUGACUUUGAUUUUUUUCGUUUCCCUUAAAUUUUCUACUGUGUGAUUAAAGAAUGGAAGAAGAGGAAGGGAAACAGUUAGAAGAGAAUGAAAAUGAACCAGAACCUGAUAAUAAGUUGUCACCUAUGUCUGGUAUUCCUCGACCUCUCUCCCAUUCAAUGCCAAGACCACCUUCUCGCCCUGCUCCCUCAGCUAGAGUUCGAGCAUUGGGGAAAGAAGAAUUAGAAGAUGUAGAUCAAAAUUCAGAAGAAGAAGAUGAUGAGGAAGACGAUGAAGAAGAUGAUGAAGAUCAAGGCAUCCAAAUUGAAGGGCCACUCAUGCAUGUGCCUCGUCUUAGACGAGAAAAAGUUCGCUGGGGUCGAGAAUCACCCAUACAUUGGGCUGUAGGCAGAGAAAGACUUUUACCAAGAAGAAUUGAUGGCCGUAGUAGUUCAGAUAGUUCUGCAAGUGAUAGCUUGUCUCUAUCUAACUCUAGUUAUCACUAUGAAAAUAUUAGUGAGGAAAUUCUAACCAAAGCACAGGAACAUAGAGACAUAUGCUAUUCUGAGUUACCUUAUAGUGCUAAAAGAGCUUAUGAUCCUGCUGAUUUUGAACAUCUACAAGUUUCUGCUGAAAUGAAAGAAUUAUUUCAGUACAUCACAAGGUAUACACCUCAAAAUAUUGAUCUUGAUACUAAGCUGCGACCAUUCAUUCCUGAGUUUAUUCCUGCAGUUGGUGAUAUUGAUGCUUUUAUUAAGGUUCCCAGACCUGAUAAUGUUGCUGAUAAGUUAGGAUUGAUUGCUUUGGAUGAGCCAUGUGCUAAACAAUCUGAUCCCACAGUACUAGAUUUGCAACUUCGAGCUAUUUCCAAAGAAACUACUUUCAAAUCUGUGGUAGUGAAAAGUCUAGAAAAUGCAGACAAACGUCCUAAAGAAAUAGAUGCAUGGAUUAACAGUAUAUCUAAUUUGCGUAGAUCGAAGCCACCCCCUACAGUUCAUUAUUCAAGGAACAUGCCAGAUAUAGAAAGCCUUAUGCAGGAAUGGCCUCCAGAAUUUGAAGAAAUUCUUAAUCAAGUUGGAAUUCCAUCUGCAGAUUUAGACUGUUCUUUAGAAGAGUAUGUUGAAUUGAUUUGUGGCUUAAUGGAUAUACCUGUGCAUAGAUCGAAAAUUCAAUCUCUACAUGUCUUGUUUACUCUUUUCUUGGAAUUCCGAAAUUCACAGCAUUUCAGAUCAUUAGUUAUGAAUAAUGAUUUUGGAGAAUCCAUGAAAAAUGAAAGUCGAUCAGAAGAUGAGGAUCAUUUCCAAAAGACAUAUAUGAGAGAAUAAACAAACUGUUGCAAGGAAAAAUAUCAACUGAUGCUAAUGAACUCAUUGAAGGUUCCAGUUCAGUAUGAAUGAUUAAUCUUUAGUAUGUAUUUUUAAUUCAGUUAUCUGUAGGGAUUCCUUUUAUGGGGAAUGUAAUGAUUGUUAGAGGUAUUUAAAUUUUCAGGAGUAUAUUUUAAAUAUUUUAUUUUCAAACGUUGACAUUUUUCAAGAAAUGUAUGAUGCUAGUUAUCUGUCCACUAUGUUUCUUUUAAAUAAACAUACAAUUAAUUGUUUUCUUGAUGGUAC